AUGAGACAAUUUGUUAUUCUGACACUUACAAAGGCUGUUGCCUUGGUGCCUUCGAAAACUCUCGCCAAACCCAAGUUUGUCAUCGAAACCGCUGUGGCCCAAGGCAUGACUAGGUCUGGAAGAUGCUACGCUCCUGAUGAGCUUGCUCUCGGAAGACAGAAGAAAGACCAUGCCAAGAGGCCAAUAAGCGAAGCAGAAGCAGAAGAGUUCUGGAGGAGGAUGCAACCGAAAGAUUAUUCCAUUGUCAAACACUUGGAGAAGACUUCGGCCCAAAUCUCCGUGUGGGCCCUACUGUUAAGCUCUCAGUCCCACCGGCAGGCUUUGAUGAAAGCCCUUGAUGAUACGUACGUGCCCUUAGGUACAAGUAGCGAUAACGUGGCUGCCAUGAUUCAUCAAGUCAUUCAGGCGCACCGCAUCAGCUUUUGUGACGAUGAGUUGCCAGCCGAAGGGAGAUCCCACAACAAAGCUCUGCACGUCACUGUGAUAUGCCGCGGAAAGGUCGUCAAUCGUGUUUUGGUAGAUGAUGGAUCUGGUUUGAAUAUAUGCCCCUUGUCGACAUUGAGACAGCUGAGGUUCGACCUCGGAAAAUUAGAGCAAAACCAGGUUAAUGUAAGAGCGUUUGAUGGUGUGCAAAGAGACACAUUAGGGGCAGUGAACUUGACCCUUCAAAUGGGCCCCGCAGAGUUCAGCGCGAAAUUCCAAGUGUUGGAUAUCGACACCAGUUAUAACCUUCUUUUGGGAAGGCCGUUCAUUCACAUGGCUGGAGCCGUCCCCUCCACUCUCCAUCAAAUGAUGAAGCUGGUAUGGAAAAAUGAGGAGCUAGUUGUUCACGGUGAGAGAAGUCACUCAGGCAAGCAGGUGCCGGUCAUUGACGAGAUGCCGCAAGGUGCGGACUUUUACACGGUAGAGUUGGUAAAUGCCACCGAUGAGGAUUUGGCCCCGCAGACCCCCAUGCCAGCCGUGUACAAAAUGAUAGCCACGGUAAUGUUGCAGAAUGGGUUCGAGCCAGGUUUCAGAUUGGGAAGAGAUUCCCAAGGAAUUAUUGAACCUGUUCCGGUCCUUGUUAAAGGAUCCAAAUAUGGUUUGGGGUACAUCCCCAUAGACGACGACGUGAAGAUGAAGAAGAAAAAGGAUCAAGAGUUGGCUAAACCGAUCCCGCAUCUGUAUCAAUCCUUUCCACUCCGGGAGUGCGCCGAGCCUGAAGACUGUGGGGAAGGAAUCUGUGACCUCUUCAAGGAGAUUAAUGCUAUUAUCGAGGAGGAGGUCGAGUCAGUUGAUAUUCGUGAUGCUGAACCAGGGGAGCAUAAAUCGAAUCUAGAGGAGACGAAAACGGUGAAUUUGGGAGAUUCGGAAUGUGUCAAAGAGGUUAAGAUCAGCACCUACCUGAAUGAAACUCAGAAGGAGAGCCUGGUUCAUUUGCUUGCCGAAUACAGUGAUGUGUUUGUUUGGGAAGUCGGUGAUAUGAAGGGAUUGAGUACCGAUGUCGUAUCUCAUAAGCUACCUAUCAACCCAGAGUUCGAACCGGUGAAACAAAAGACUCGAAAAUUCAAUCCUGAACUGAGUUUGAAGAUCAAGGAAGAAAUCACCAAGCAAAUAGAGUCUCGAUUGGUAGAAGUAACGCAAUAUUCAACCUGGUUGGCCAAUGUCGUUCCGGUCGCCAAGAAGGACGGGAAAAUCAGGAUUUGUGUUGAUUAUAGAGAUCUCAACAAGGGUAGUCCGAAGGAUAAUUUUCCGUUGCCAAAUAUCCAUAUUUUGAUUGACAACUGUUAUCACCAAAUUCUGAUGGAUGAAGAAGACGCGGAAAAAACGGCUUUCAUUUCACCUUGGGGCGUAUAUCACUACAGGGUGAUGCUGUUCGGCCUCAAGAACGCCGGUGCCACAUACAUGAGAGCCAUGACGACCAUUUUCCACGACAUGAUUCAUAAGGAAAUUGAAGUGUACGUGGACGACGUCAUAAUCAAAUCCCGUGAGAGUUCAGAUCAUUUGACACACCUGAGAAAAUUCUUUGAACGUUUACGUCGGUACAACUUGAAGUUAAAUCCCGCCAAAAUUGCGCUUUUGGAGUCCCAGAUGGGAAGUUGUUGGGAUUUAUAG